AUGCGCGUCACGUCAAUGCUUGAACGACUGCAAGACCAGCAGCCCGACGAAGACAACGACGUCCAAGAUGCCAACAACCCAUUAAUUAUGGACAAAGUCAUUGAAGAGGCUGGCGAUGAAGCGUUCCGCGUGCUGACAAACUUCACUCCAAGCGAAUUCGACAUCAUCUGGGCCAAUGUGGAGCGUGCAAUGAAAUCGAAGUGGUUUGAAGAUCGAGGAAGAAAGUCCAAGUUGACGCCCAAGGAUGCCCUCUAUGUUACCCUGACUGUUCCCAAUCACUACCAGUCCUGGGAGAAGCAUGCCGUCGAUUUCAACCUGAAAGCGCCAAGGUUGGAGAAGAUCGUCGUCAAAGUUGUGGAAUUGUGCUCACCGAUCCUGUACGACACUUUCAGCCUUCCCACCGACCAUCUGGAAGAAGCGCCUGUCUCACCUGACGGUCGUCUUGUCGAUAUAACCCCUCAUGUGCCGGGCGCUGUGGCCGAUUUGACGUUGAUCCGCAACCGCCUUGACGAACACCAACGAUUCCUCUCUAAGGAAGCAAGGUACAUCGGCCUUGCGGCUUCGUUGCGUGCUAUACACCCGAAGAAGAAACCUUCCGGUGGCGCGCUGGACAGGCAUGACCUUGACCGGAACAAGGAGGUGUCCUAUGCAACGUUCGUUUGGGGUGAGAAGCUGUAUGAUGACAUCCAGCGACUUAAAUUCUCGCUGGCCAACUUCCAUGCCUCGCUGAUGCCAUUGAGAUUGGAAGACCACAACAGCUACCGAGCUCUCAACGUCACUACGUGCAGAGCCGAGCGGAAAGACUUGCUGCCAGUGCAGCACGUGCUGAUCGCGUAG